CCAUCAUCUUCAGCUGGCUUUCUUUCUACUUCUGCCUGUCUAUGCUGUAUACAUAGUGGUAGUUUCUGGGAAUUGCAAGACGAGGCAAGAAAAAGGAAACAAACCAAUAGCAAGAAUAAGGCCCAUUUAUGCGCAGAAAUAACCAAGUAUCAACCUAUCAAUGGAGGAACUUUGGUGACAGAGCUCAAGAGCCAAUUCUAUCUGCUCAAAAAUAAGACAGUAGCUUUGGCUUAUGGCUUCAUCUUUGCUUUUAUUGCUUUCACAAUUUUCUUAGCUUUUAGUCCUUCUCCAAAUUCUUCUUCCCCUUGGUUCUCCAACAUUUUUAGCAGAAGUAGCUUCAGGGGCGGUACUUUAAACUCAUCUACUCCUCCAACUUUGUCUGAUGAGUCUCAUGGAUCUCAUUUUUCUUCUGUUUUUUCUUACUUUUUUCCCAACUCUUCACAGCAAGCAAUUAAUGACUCUUCUGCUUUUGAGUCAUCGCCAACCAGCAUUGCUAGAUCCCAGAACAGUUCAUCUGAGCAAGUAAAUUUCAGUAAAGGUUCCCCAAUUGUCAGUAAUCAGACUCCGAGUUCUGAGUUGAAUGAUAAAGUUGGAGUCUUGAAGCCAAAUCGGAGCACAACAAUUCCAGCACCAAAAUCUGCUGAGGUUCUGAAGAAUCGGACUGUGAAUGCAACACCAAAAUCUUCUUCUGAAAUGAAUAAUAGUUCGUCAGAUGCCAAGAAUCAGACUCAGAGCAAAGAGUUGGAGAGUAAAGGUGAAGUCUUGAAGGCAAAUCAGAGCACUAUUGGGGCUGUAAAUUCAUCAGAGAAGGCAAACAAUAGUGCAACUUCAUCAGCCAAAUCCUUGCCUGGAAAGAAUAAUGUGAGUGGGGUUGGAGAAAAAAGAAUUGCAGAGAACGGUGUGGAAGUUAAGAAUCUCACAUCUUCUUUGCUGAAGAAACAGAGUAAUGGGGCUAGUUCUAGUGUCUCUGCAAAGCAGAGGAUGGAUGAAUUGGUGAAGGGUUUGGUGAACUGUAAUCUGUUUGAUGGGAAUUGGGUGAAAGAUGACUCCUACCCUUUAUACAAGCCCGGUUCUUGCUCUCUGAUUGAUGAACAAUUCAAUUGCUUUCUCAAUCGUAGACCUGAUAGUAAUUACUACAAGUUCAAGUGGAAGCCAAAAGAAUGCAUCCUUCCAAGGUUGGAUGGAGGCCAUAUGCUGGAGUUGUUGAAAGGAAAGAGAUUGGUAUUUGUUGGCGAUUCUCUCAAUCGGAAUAUGUGGGAAUCUCUUAUUUGCAUCCUCAGAAACUCCGUCAAAGACCAGAAAAAGGUCUAUGAAGCAUCUGGAAGACAACAUUUCCGAACAGAAGCUUCUUAUUCCUUUGUAUUUGAAGACUACAAGUUCACUGUGGAGUUUUUUGUGACUCCUUUCUUGGUUCAAGAAUGGGAAUUCCAGGAUAAAAAUGGAAAAAAGAAGGAAACUCUUCGACUUGAUUUGGUUGGGCAUUCUGCUGAUAAAUAUAAAAGUGCAGAUAUCAUUAUUUUCAACACAGGGCACUGGUGGACUCAUGACAAGACGGCACUGGGAAAGGAUUAUUAUCAAGAAGGCAGCCAUGUAUACAGCGAAUUGAAUGUUCUUGAGGCGUUCAGAAAAGCUUUGACGACUUGGGCGAGAUGGGUUGAUGCCAUGUAAAUCCGGCAAAAAGCCCUCGUUUUCUUCAGAGGCUAUUCUGCAUCUCAUUUCAGUGGUGGGCAAUGGAAUUCCGGUGGCGCGUGUGACCAUGAAACUGAGCCGAUAAAGAAUGAGACAUAUCUGUCUCAGUAUCCAUCCAAGAUGGUCGUGCUGGAGAAAAUCUUGAGGAAUAUGAAAACCCCCGUCUCAUACCUCAACGUUACAAGAAUGACAGAUUAUCGGAAGGAUGGACACCCCUCGAUAUAUCGGAAACAAAGUUUGACAGAGGAGGAGAGGAGAUCACCUUUGACGUACCAAGAUUGCAGCCAUUGGUGUCUCCCUGGGGUGCCUGAUUCUUGGAAUGAGCUACUUUAUGCAGAACUUCUGGUAAAACAAUACCAGAAGCAGCUGCAACAGCAUAAAAGACCAUAGUAGGUACACAAAUGCAAUACGCGGAGGUUAUGUUCAUUGACUACCGGCUGAGUUUUUGGAAAUGUGAAUUAUAGAUUUUUUAUUCUUACCAUGGGAAUGUUGACACAGAAAAAGAAACCACUUGGAGAAGAUCCAAGAUACAGUUGAAUUCUGCAGCGGCAUAAAUUAUGCCACAGAGAGAGAGAGACAGAGAGAGGGAGAUUAAAGUAGUAGUAAAAUGCAACGUUGGAAGGUGGGAAUUGUGUUUGAUUAUGAUUUUGUACAAGAAAGAAGAGAGAGGGACGAGGGAUAAGGGGCCUUAGGUGGAUGGUUACAGUUAAAAAAAAUACUGCUAGUAAUCUCUCUUUACAUACAUGAUGAUGAAAAAGCUCUCCGGGCCACAAUGGCUUGGAGAUUGUAAAUUAGUAAAUAAUUGCUUCCUUAAUAAAAUAAAGGGUUGUAAUUAUUCUUUUCA